CAUUCUCUACCAGUCAAGCACAGGUCAAGUAGAUAAAAUAGGUGGUGGUGCAAAAAAGGUAGGUAAAAAAAGAAUAAUAAAAAUUUAAUGAAAAUAACAGAAAAACUUUUUUGUAAGGUGUGUAACUCAGCAUGUCGGUCGUUCGCUGCACAUAAUAAUGCGGGCAAUUUGCCACAACAUAAAAAAUAACUAAAAGCCAGUAAAUGAUAAUAACUAGUUGUAAAGUAAUACUUAUGUUGCAGUUACCAUGCACUUACGCUUUGGCAUGCGCGUUUAAUGCGAGCUACCCGUAAAGGGUGUCGGUGGAACGGCCACAGGCGUAUAGCACGUGGUGAGUCGUCGGCCGCUGUUAUACCUAUACUUUUCCAUCGAUUGGUCAGGGGCGGCGUGGCUUACCGUCCGAUCAUUAACCCAGUUGUGUGGCGCCCGCCGCGCGGCAGGGCACGCGAGCCGGCGUCGCGCCUCAUUCCCACGCCAUGCAAGUGCCCGAACCGCCGCCGCCGCCCCUCGCUCCUCUCUGGGACCGCGUCCUCCGAGCCCGGGCUCUGCCACCGGACCUGGACGUCGAACUCCUCUACGUCGCCAUCCGGGACAGACUCACGCAUCCCGAGUGGGAGGUUCGCCUCAACGCUCUCCGGGUUCUCGCCGAUCUCCUCCCCCUAUCAGGGAAUGCACUGGCCUUCCCAUUCGAUCAAGUCGUUGACAACUUGGGUCAUAAUUCCCCGAACGUUCGUAAAGCGGCACUCGACGCACUCAAAGUUUUUUGCACCCACUGCGAGGACUCCGAGUGUGCAGCUCGCGCCAUUCUGGACAAGUGCUCAUAUCACAACAUAAGGCCUCACUCAGCCAACAUAGAUACAAAAGUGAACGUUAUAACUGGACUCAUUCUAUCAAUACCUUCAGUCAUGACUAUUUUGAAGAGAAGAAACCCGGCGUUAGAUACUUUCCCAAUUUUCCAAGUUUUAGGAGAUAAACUUUUCGAUCCGGUGCAUAGAGAUGUUGCACAACGCUCCUUGCUAAAGCUUCGUAAAAUUUGUGGUCAUCGAGAUUACAUGGUUUCACUGUCCAGAUUGGAUCUAAAAGUACAAGAUAAAUUCAGACAGUUGUGUGAACUGUACGAUGAAGAUUCAAUGGACGUUUACUAUGCGCCGAGAAAAUCAGUUUACAGAGACAACAACCAAACAUUAGUCAAGAUAAACCACGUAUUCAGUAGCCCAAUCACAACUCCAAUAAGAGUAUCCACGGAUUCGUCGUCAGAAGAUUCCUACGCCCAUAUUCCAUUCCCCAAUAAUAAUUAUGCUAAAGUGAUAAUUGAAACCGAAAUCAAAUUCGAUUCAGACACGGCGAUUACCAUGACGGUUUUAGAAGAAAACGAUACCGAAUCUGACCGGAAUUCGGUAACUAAUACGGGAAGUGAAGAGGAUUGUGAUAGCUCGGAUAGAAAUAUGUUGAAGUUUAGUGAUGCAGAUUCUGAGGACACGGACGUUGUUGUAAAAAAAGUGCGUUUUGGCGGUGAAAGUGUGAAAAUUCGGACGCCCGAUAGUGAAAAUUUAAUUUCUAGUGAAGACGAUAAUAACCACAAUAAAUUAAUACCUAAGAGAGACAAUAUUAAUGGGCUCUCUCAUGCAAAUGGCACACCCAUGAUUAUGAGUAAAAUUAAUGAGAUAAAACGUGAAGCAUUAGAUAGAGAUAAUAAUAUUAAAUAUCCUAAGAAAAGUGGUAUUCCAUUACCAGUCAUUCAUAAUAAGUCACAGAACCAGAACUUGUCCAAGUACAAUAAAGUGAAAUUAAAAUCGAAAUCAUUGAGUGAACUUUAUGAUUAUUUUCGUACGAAAAAUGAUGGUGCUGAGCGCAAGAAGGAUAGAUCGGGGUUUGCGUUAACGCUGUCUGAGGUCCGUUCUCCGGAUAAGGUCCCGAGUCCAGUGGAGCCUCACAGGGAGGUGGAAGUCAUGCACAAUCUCCAGAGGAGUCCGGUGGUCUCCCCACGGCGUCAUCAGACGCGGGUACAUUUGGAACGUGAUGGAUUCGUGCUGAAUCUAUUGGCGACGUCUUCCAACGAUUCGGAGUUGCUGUCUCCGCGAGCGCCGUCUCCGCUGCGCGCGCGUUACGAUUGGGAAGAGCUUGGUGUGGUGCCGCGACACGUGGCCGACCAGCUGCAUAAUACGGAUAACUGGAUAUCUGCAGUGAAAGCAGCCGACCAACUACAUAGCGCGCUGCUUGAGCCAGUCAAUGUGGCUAAGGUGGAGCCAGCCGCAACCUCUCUGGUACAGCACAUGUGGGCACUUAGCGAAGCGGUAUCAGCAGCGCGAGCGCCAGCAGAGGGCGCCGUUUGCGCGCUAAUUCGGGGAGCCAGUAACGACUGCGCGAGGCAGUUGCUACCUGCCCUUGUGUCCAGGAUGGCACAGGAACCGCUACCAACCGCCUUGCCCCACGCUCUACUGCAGCGGUUGGCACUACAUCACCUCGUGGACUUGAUCUUUGACCCAGCUAUGCUCAAGGUGUCGGGAGACUCGGAACGAGUGCAGAGCGCACAGCUUCGCGCUACGCUGUGCCUAGCGCGGGCGGCGGGCCCGGCGGCCGUGCUGUCUGCAGUGCGCAGACGGCUGGCCGGCACUGCGAGGGCCGAUGUGUUCUGCAGCAAGCUACGAGAAAGGCUGAGCAGGCCAGUGGAGAACAUCAAACCAACUCACAUAGCCAGGAGCUCUCAACUCCCGGUACCAGUUAGAAGGCGAGCGCGAUCUACGCCACCACCGGCUGCGCCCGCGCCGCCGCGGCGGCUUAGGCCGCUGCCAGAUUCCGCCCCAUUACCUGGUGUCCUACCAUCGGGAAGGGAGUACAUCAUGAAGGCGCUGUCUCCGAUACCUCUUAGUGACAGAGACUCCAGUGCGCUCACCAGCUUCGAAGGGACGGCGGUCGAAAAGACAUCCCUGUCUCAACUGGAUAAGGAUUCCGCCGAGGGCGUCAUCAUCGGUGACACCACCCAGAUCUGUACGUCCGAAGGUGACGUGAAUGACGCGCCGCCCACACCCAAGUCGCCAUCAAUCAAAGUCGAAGAUUACUCUGAAAAGUCGAUCGGUUCUCUUUAUAGCAAUAAAGAGACGCGGUUCGAACACACUCCGGCGAUAAGCAACGCUUCGAGCGUAGAGGAACUAGGAUCUCACCAUUCUAUAGCUUCAGAGGUCCACGAACGGAUAGAAUCACGAUCAUCUAGUCGAAAAUCUGUAACCGCAAAAAGCAGAAGUGCAUCGCAAAGCCCCGCAAAGAGCAGAAAUCCAUCGCCAGAUCCGAUCAGCAACGCGUACGAAGCGGCGCCCUCGCCGCUCGAGCGUGACGUGCGGAACGCGCUCGCGGAAUGCGUGGUCCCGGCGCGGCACGAGGACUGGGAAGUCAUAGUGAACGGGCUGCUCCGGACCGAGCGGCUGGCGGCGGACCCGACGGCCCGGGCCCCGGCCACGAGCUGGCGGGCGGUCGCGCGCUCGGCGGCGGCGCACGUGCGCUCGCUGCGGUCUAGAGUGGCGCGCACCGCGUGCUCGACCCUGGGGGCGCUGUUCGAGCACCGCGGCCGGACGCUGGACACGGAGCUGGAGGAGGCGGCGACGGCGCUGCUGGAGCGGUGCGCCGACGUGAACCGGUUCCUGCGCGCGGACGCGGCGGCGGCGCUGGUGCGGCUGGCGCACGGCAGCAACGGCGCGCGCGCGGCGGUGGCGCUGGCGCGGCGCGGUGCGGGGCACCGCGCGGGCCCGGUGCGCGCGGCGGCGGCGGCGGCGCUGGCGCGGCUGGUGCGGCAGCACGGCGCGCACGGCACGCUGGACAUGCCGCCGGAGCCGCGCACGGUGCUGCUGCGCGCGGCGGGCGAGCUGCUGGGCGACGCCAGCGCCGAGGCGCGCGCGCACGCCCGCCAGCUGUGCCUCGCGCUGUCCGAGGACAUUCGGUUCCGCCAGAUGCUGAAGGACGCGAUGCAGCCGACGCGGUACUGCGCCAUUGAAAAGUUCAUCAAAAAACUGCGAUGACACUGAUUUUGUAUGAAAACAUUUUCAAUUGUAUGUGCUGCAGUAACUAACUAUAAGAUAAAAGUGUGAAACGAUCUCCGUCCCGUUACUUUGUGAUAUUAAGUUUCUUUUAGUAUGAAAUUAUUUGUACAAAAAGUGUAUUUAUCGUAGAAAUCAACAAACAUUCUCCC